GAGCGGUGAAGACACAGCUGCCCCUCCAUUUAAUGGCAAUGCUGACCAGACUGAGGAAGACUCAAGCCAAGACGAAACAGAGGAACAAACUGUAGAAGCUUUACAAGAACAGCUUUGUGAAAAAGAUAGAGAGAUCCAGGUGUUGAGAGAGAUCCUCGCAAUGUCACACAUAGGUCAAAACCCUGAGCCCUCACAACCAGAACAGAGGGCCCAGAAUGACAUCGUCAUCCUCAUUGACUCCAAUGGAAGAUUUAUACGUGAGAAGAAACUUUUCCCCAGGGACAAAGUGGCUAAAUUUGAUUGUCCAAACACUCAAAAAGCCAUUGAGCUUCUGGCAGAGGAGCAUCUGGGAACUCCAACCCACAUCAUCAUCCACACUGGCUCCAGUCAGCUGAGGCAAGAGCAGGACAGACUGUCAGAAUCUCUGAAAGGAGUCAUAGAGAAAGCUUCCAACACUUUCCCCGAGAGCAGAGUGGUCAUGUCAGCCCUGCUUCCAAUGAAAAACAUGCACUGUGACACCAUCAACAAGAUCAACAGCAGACUAGAAAAAGAGUGUGAGAAGCUGCCCAAUGUCCACUUCGCCAAACACCCUACCAUAAACAUAAAUUGUCUUUAUGAUAAAGUCCAUCUGUUGAAAGACAAAGUCCGCAUUUUUGCCCGGACACUAAAGGACGUGGCUCUCGACAGAUACCCAUCCACAUACCAAACAACUGUACCAGGAAGAAGCAGCUCAACAUAUAUUCAACAACAAUAAAGAUGUAAUUUUAAUUGUAAUUGUUCCCAAAACCUAGUUUUAGUUUGCUAUAACAACCUUGGUACAGAUUUAUUCAAACCAACUUUGUCAUCACAAGAAAUUGUAAUAGUGAACUUCUCAGUUUGUGAGUCUGUGUCUUUGAAAAAUAAAUUGUAUUUUUGUUCCAUA